AAGCCCAAUCACGGUUUCAACAUGUUGGGACAAUCUUUCAUUGUUUACUCUUUGUUGAUGUUUUCACUUCAACACGUCGUCACAGCCAAAAGCGACGGCGAAUCGGAUUCGGAUAUCUCCCAUCCAAACGUCUUGCCAUUUGGUAUCAAUUACUCGCCAAACUUUCUUGCGAAAAAUGGUGGCUUAACCGCAAAAGCUGUUUCUAAAAUGUUCAAUGGACAUGCACCUGUUAGAACAUGCCUCUAUUACAGCGAGCUUCGCGACUAUUAUAAAAAAAAAUUCCCAGAUGGAACGAAUUAUAUUUAUGGGAUCGACAAGUUGAAGAAGAAGAUUAUAGAACCUUACACGGAUUUCAUAGGAACAAGACGGCGUUGGGAUGGCGUGGAUAUACUCAACGAUGGCGUUGCCGCGAGCGAACUUGUAAAAGCGGCUCCCAUACCUUGGAAUAGUAUCACAGGGUGGUGGAUAAUUGGUCCCGGCUACGACCCUAACGAAUUCCAC